GGUACCACUGCCAUGAACACCUUCCUGCUCUCCAUGCUCUGCCUCCUCGGGGCCUGGGCCGGCCUGGCAGAGGGGGUCACUGUGCAGGAUGGAGAGUUCUCCUUUUCUCUGGAGUCAGUGAAGAAGCUCAAAGGCCUCCGGGAGCCCCAGGAGCUCAGGAUCACGCCUGGUCAAUCUGUGGCUCCCGUUCUGUGUAGCAACCCGGAGUUUCCAGAAGAACUCCAGCCUCUCUGCGAGGAGCCAAACGCCCAGGAGAUCCUUGAGAGGAUGGAGGCCAUCGCUGCGGACCCGAGCACAUGUGAGAUCUGUGCCUACGCUGCCUGUGCCGGAUGCUAGGGCGGCUUGCUUGCUGCCUUCUUCCCCUUCCCCGCAGGGAAGCCCGCCCUUCUGGUGGAGGUGCUGCCUACUAUACUCCCACUCACAGAAGUUCAACCCUACCCUAGCCCAGACCGGAGGAGUGAAGAGAUAGCAGCUGGGAGUGGGGGGUUUAGGUGAUUGGAGACCCAACGCCCUGACAUUGACCUUUGCAAGAAGCAU